GUGAGGCGUACACAUAUGAUUUUUCUCACUCCUUUAGGUUUUAGAUCAAUUUUUCAUUCCGUCCGGCGGGUUGGAUCAUCAGAGAGAGUUUUCUCCAGUCCAAUAGUUACUGCUACUACUUUGUUUAGAGGAGGAUUAGUUGGCAUCAUGGUUAGACGUGAUAAUGGAAGGAGACAACCUAUUCCGGGAAAUUCUUCUAAACAUGGUUUAGGAGGAAACGAGCAAGCGAGUGAAAGACUAAGGCUGUUGUUAGCUCAAAGAAAAGGACAAGAGCUAACUUCAACACCAAUCUAUGAUGACGAAAUUCACCCAGAACAAGAAGAGAUAGCCAUAACCGUAAUCGACAAAGAAACUCAUACAGAACAACCAGAGCCAACCUCAACGACAGUGGAUGACGGAACAAAUUCAGAAAAAUCUGCCCCGGGACAGCAGAAAAAGGCUCGUAAACGUAGACAGAAGAAGAAGAAGAAGAGUCUGGAAAGUAACAUGAGUACGGAUCAUUCCCAAGCUCAUCCAGAACAGCAAGAGUCUACAAUAAUAAUUGAGAAAGCAGCUCACCCUAAACAAGAAGUGCUAACCUUAACAACAGUCGAUGGCGGAACUAAUUCAGAAAAAUCUGUCAUAGAACAGCAGAGGAAGCCUCGUAAACAUAGACAGAAGAAGAAGAGUCUGGAAAGUACCAUGAGCACAGAUCAGUGCCAAACUCAUCCAGAACAGCAGCAGCAGCGAAAGCUGAGUAAACGUGGACAGAAAAAGAAGAGUCUGCUAGCUACCAUGAGUACAGAUCAGGGCCAAGUUCGUCCAGAACAACAAGAGUCUACAACAAUAAUUGAGAAAACUGAUCACUCUGAACAACAAGAGAUAGCCUUAACAUUAAUCGACAAAGAAACUCAUUCAGAACAACUAGAGUUGACCUCAACAACAGUUGAUGGCGGCACUAAUCCAUUUUCAUUGCUAUAUGUGCUGGAACAGCAAGAGUCGACAACAAUAAUUGAGAAAACAGAUCACCCUGACGAAUCUCCCAUAAAUUCUACUCAGCCCACACGGGAGGGUCAGGUGCCUGAGAAGUCAAGUGGGGGUCUUCUAGAUUUUAUUAGGGUUCCUAAAUUGAGUGAGUAUGGAACUGUAGAGUACAUUGUUAUUCCAACACGUUCUUAUUGGUUGGAGAUCAUUCGCGAGGAUUGGGGAGCCACUGAUGAGGAAAUUAAAGCUUGUAUUAAAGCUGCCCCUCAGCGAUCACGAUUCAAAAUUGAAGUGUGUGGUUCCUAUCUGGGACACGGGGUUAUUGUGCGUGCUAAUAGUAGGAGAAAUCCAAUAGUUGUUAAAUGUACGGUUGUUGAUGAUCGUAUUUCUCCGUUCUAUCACGAGUUACUAGGAGUGUCUCUGGGUAUGAAGCUCGCCAUGAAAUACAAAAUUGUCUAUUUUGAUUUGAAUUGCGUGUCUGAGGUUGUUGCAGAGUAUGUUAUGCGGACUUGGGAUAUGAAGAAUGAAUGUGGUUGCCCACCAAGAGAUAAAAAGGACUAUUGUGUCAAAUGUUCAGAAAGUAUGUUGGAUGCUAUUGGUGAAAGGCAGAACGCAGAUAAAAUUUCCGCUGUAGUUGAUGAAAUUUUUUAUGAUGCUUUAGAGUUUGGAGAGGAAGGUUUUCUAGACUUUUAUCUAUAUCCUAUUAAAUUAUCAAGAGCUAAAGCUGUUUGUCAUUUAGCGAACUCAGGAGUAGACCGGGAGUUGAGAAUUCAUGAAAUUGAAGAGGAUGCAGAACUAGCGGAGAUUCUUUAUAAAGAAGUUUUUGGUCAUGGAUCUGAGGAGGAGGUGGGAUUACAGAAACAACAGCUGAUUUUGCGGAAACAAGAACGGAAAUUGCAGAAACAAAAGAAUUUGGCUGCAGAGCGUGCUUACCAAGAGAGCCUUUGGGGACAGUAAAACCUAAUUGAUCUGUCAGCUGCAUUCUUGGAAGAUGUCAACGACUCAUUUUGUGAUAGUUUAACCAAUGUUAGGUCCAACUACAUUAGUAGAAAGGAUAACUUAUAAGCUUGCUACUUAGUUAUAGUGUGGGCUGGAGACUGUAUUUAUUUCACUCUGGCAUUGCUUAGGAGUCUCUAAUUUUGUGUAACUCUUUCUGAAGGUUAUUCUGUUUGAAUAUUUAGGAUUACGCAGAUUGAUAUUUAGGGUUACGCAGAAAAUCAAUCGCAAGUUUAAAUUCUGAAGCCAAAUUUGGUUUCAAUUUA